UCCUCCCCCCAAGAGCCGGCUACACAAAGCUCCCGGCCGGCAAGGCAAUCCUCGCAACACAGAGCGAUGGCGUCCUCCUGGAUGGAGUCCUCCUGGCUUGAGACGCACUGGGCAAGGCCCUUUCACCUGACGUUGGUGUUCUGCUUGGCCCUAGGGCUGCUGCACGCCAUCAGGCUCUACCUGCAGAGGCAGAGGCUGCUUCGGGACCUGCGUCCCUUCCCCUCGCCCCCCACUCACUGGCUCUACGGGCAUCAAAAGUUAUUUAAAGAUGGUAAAAUCGAGACCCUUCAGAAGAUUGUAGAAAAAUACCCUUGUGCGUUUCCUCGCUGGGCUGGGCCCUUUCAGGCAUUUUUCUAUAUCUAUGAUCCAGACUAUGCAAAGACAUUUCUGAGCAGAACAGAUCCCAAGUCCAGCUUCCUGUAUAAGUUCAUAAUUCCAAGCAUUGGAAAAGGACUAGUGAAUUUGGAUGGACCCAAAUGGUUUCAGCACCGUCGCCUACUAACUCCUGGAUUCCAUUUUAAUACCUUGAAAUCGUUUGUUGAGGUGAUGGCUCAAUCUGUGAACAUCAUGCUGGAUAAGUGGGAGAAGAUUUGUGGCUCUCAGGAUACACUUAUGGAUAUCUAUGAGCACAUCGACUUGAUGACCCUGGACGUACUCAUGAAAUGUAUUUUCAGCUGGGAAACCAACUGCCAAACAGACGGCUCCCAUGAAGAUUAUGUAAAAGCCACAAGUGAUGGCAGCAAUAUCCUUAUGCAACGCGUGUACAAUUUCUUUUAUCACUAUGACCUAAUUUUCAAAUUAAGCCCUCUGGGCCACCGCUUGCGGGAGGUAAACAAGAUGUUGCAUCAGCAUACAGACAGGCUAGUCAAGGAUAGAAGAAAUUCUCCCAAGGAUGAGAAUAAGCAGGCUAACACCCAGAAGAGGAAGUACCGGGACUUACUGGAUAUUGUCCUUUCUGCUCAGGCUGAAAAUGAUAGCUUCACAGAUUCAGACGUUUGGUCCGAGGUAAACACAUUCAUGUUGGCAGGGCAUGACUCUGUAUCAGCAGGCAUUUCCUGCCUCCUCUACCAGCUAGCUCGGCACCCUGAGCAUCAGGAGAGAUGCCGGGAGGAGAUCAGAGCCAUCCUGGGGGAUGGGUCUUCCAUUACCUGGGACCAACUGAGUGAGAUGUCAUACACCACAAUGUGCAUUAAGGAGUCACUCCGCUUGGCACCUCCAGCUGUGGCCACUUCCAGAGAGCUCACCAAGCCCAUGACCUUUCCAGAUGGACGCUCUUUGCCUGCAGGAAUGACCGUGGUUCUCAGUAUCUGGGGUCUCCACCACAACCCUGCCGUCUGGGAAGACCCAGAGGUCUUUGACCCCUUGAGGUUUUCCCAGGAAAAUAAUAAAAGACACUCCCAUGCCUACUUACCAUUCUCAACUGGACCAAGGAACUGCAUCGGGCAGAAUUUUGCCAUGGCUGAGAUGAAAGUGAUCGUUGCCUUGAUUCUGCUCCGCUUCAAGAUGACAGCAGAGCCCACCAAGCCUCCUGUCUUCAUGCCCUAUAUUUUCAUCAAACCCCAGAAUGGGGUCUACUUGCACCUGAAGAAACUCCCCUAAUGUUAGAGCCUAGGAUAUGAUGAUUAUACACAUUUUGUGUUAAAGUUAAAUUACAGCUUAAGGUCCAGGAAAAUAGAGAGUAAUCAAAGUAUGGUAACAUAGAGUGUCACCUAGAUCUGUUUCUGUAUGAUUCAGAAAUCUUCUCAUCCUUUCUGUUUGAUUUUGGUUAUUACUGAUGCCAAAAAUCAAGAGUUUUGUAAGUGGCUCCCAUCUAUUUUCUGCUGUUUGAAAAUCUCUUUCAGAAUUGCACUCAUAAUAGAUGACUGUAUGCUCAUGAUAAAAGAUUUACAACACUAGAAAAGCUAUGGAGUAAGAAGUAAAAUUCUCAUUUCACAUAGCCACACCUCCCUGCCCAAUCCUACUGCUUCUCCGAAAAACAGAAUAGUUUGGGAUGCAUUCUUUCAGACUUUUUCCUGUACAUUUCAUAUAUGCAUAUGUAUGUACGUGUUC